GCAGAUCUGAGUAAUAUCCACGCGAUCGUUCCUUUAAAGAACCAUCGCUGCCAACACCAGGCCACAGGGCGCGCCGAAAAGAAGAAGUCUGACGCGAGCCUCCAUGGAGCCCGCGAAGCCAAACUACUUCACCUGCACGCUCGGCGAGGCAGCCCUGGCAGAGUGCCAUGGUGACGCGGGGCCGCCAUUCUCGUCCAUCAUCGACGUGGUGGACCAGCAGGCACAGCGCCGCCCCGACGAACCAGCCGUUGGGUUUGCCAGGUUUCACAACGGCGUACAACAAGCAUCACCAUCAUCGUCAACCGACGGCCCAGUGACAUAUGGGGACCUGCACCGGCUAUCGUUGGGCGCGGCCCGCGCGCUCACGACUAGCAUUGGCGAGAGGGUGAAGACGGCGGGGGAAGUUGUGGGAUUGCUCUGUGGGAGCAGCCUCGAGUUUGUCUUGACGUGGCUCGGGUUGAUGCGGCUGGGCCAUCCCGUCUUGCUCCUCGCUCCACAGCUAGAGCCCCGGGCCAUUAAACACUUGUGCCACCAGCUCGACGCGCGCAUUCUGGUCCGCGAUGACCUACAUGAGGCGACGGCGGCCAAGAUUGGUAGUAGCGGGAUCGAGGUCCUUGGAGUUCCCCCAUACCACCCCAACGGCUACUCUUCUUCCAGCGGUGUGUCCCCGAUGAUGCAGAGCGCGGCGCUGGCCGAACCGGCCUUUUACUUCCACACGUCGGGCACCUCCAGCGGCCUGGCGUCGCCGGUGCCGCAGAGACACUCCAUGGCGGGAGCCCUCCCGCGCCUCCACGAACCAGCUUGCCAGUCGGCGACUUUCUCGACAACGCCGCUGUAUCAUGGCGGCCUUGCGGACUGUCUCAGAGCCUGGGCGAGCGGGGCGAUGAUAUGGCUCUUUCCCGACGGCGAAUGCCCAUUGACGGCCCGGAACAUCACGCAGGCUGUCGACUCGGCGCGCCGGAAGAGUGUCGUCCCCGUGACGCUGUUCUCUUCGGUCCCCUAUGUCCUCGAGAUGCUUGCCGAGGACGCAGACGGCCUCCGCCUCCUCGCGUCCAUGGACCUGGUCGGCGUCGGCGGCGCGGCCCUGUCGGUCGCCAUCGGGGACAAGCUCGUGCGCUCGGGCGUCAAUCUGCUGUCGCGCUUCGGCAGCGCCGAGUGUGGCUUCUUGCUCUCGUCGCAUCGCGAGUACACGGCGGACAAGGAAUGGGACUAUCUCCGGGUCCGGGUGGAUGCCGACUACCUGCGCUUCGAGCCCCGGGAGAGCGACGGCCUGUGGGAACUCAUCGUCCAGCCACGAUGGCCGUUUAGGAGUAAGACGAAUCGAGAGGACGGCUCGUACGCUACGUCUGACCUCUUCGAGCGGCAUCCGCACAAUGCAAACGCCUGGCGGUACCACAGCCGGGCAGACGCCCAGAUCACCCUCGCCAACGGCAAGAAGUUCGACCCCUCGCCGAUGGAAGCGGGAAUGCAGUCCGCGACGCCGCUCUUGCGCGAGGUAUAUGUCUUCGGAUCGGGCGAGCCGUGCGCGGGAGCCUUGCUGUUUCCCCAGUCGGGCGCUACCUCGCAGUCUGUCCUGUUGGCCGCAGUUCGUGAUGCGACUCGCUGCCUCAAUGCCGGCGUUCCCGGGCACGCACGAAUCGAGGAGUCAAUGCUGGUCGUGGUGCCGAGCGCUGACGGGGAGAACCAGCAGGUGCCCAAGAGCAGCAAGGGCUCGUUCUUGCGCCAUCAAGCCAAUGUCAAGUUUGCGGCUCUCAUAGAGGGCGCGUAUGCGGCUUUGCCAGCUGAGCAGGCGGCCGCAUCGCCGGUGCAUGUCCAAGAUGGCGACCUGCUGUCUGUUGUAGCCGACUGUUUCCAUCGUGUCAUGCACCGUUCUGUCGACCCCGACAGGGACUUGUACCAGCAAGGCGUGGAUUCAAUCGCCUGCAUUCAGAUCCGGAAGCUGAUGGAGGCGAAGAAGCUGGUGCCGUCGCAGCACGCCGCGCUCCCUCUCAACGUCAUCUACGACCAGGGCACAGUCACUGGCUUGGUUGCACAUCUGCAGCGUCUUCGUCAUGAAGACCAGCCGGGCGAUAGGGCGGGAGACGACGACGACGGCGACCAGCUGUUGUGCAUGAUGAAGUCGCUUGCGAGUCGGCAUAGGUUGGCACCCAACGUCCUCCGUAGCUCAGCAGCGUACAUGUCGUCGCGAGACUCCUCCGCCAAUGCCGUCUUGCUAACCGGAGCGACUGGCUUUCUCGGGGCACAUCUUCUUGCCCUUUUGCGUCAGCGGCAGGACGUGGCCAGGAUCUACUGCCUUGUCAGAGCAUCGACCAAGCACGAGGCGCGCGACAGGGUGUCUGCAUGCCAGGUGCACCGUGGCUUUCCUACCCUGCCGCCGCCGCGGGGUGCUGAUGAUGAUGAUGAUGAGCAGCCCGGCGCACAUUGCCAGCAGGUGGUUUGCCUGCCGUUCGACUUGGCGAAGCCACAUCUGGGACUGGCAGCGGGAGACACGCAAAUGAUGCUCAAGGAGGUCACGCUCAUCCUCCACAGCGCCUGGCCGGUCAACUUCAACCUACCUCUGACAUCGUUUGGGGAUCAGCUCUCGUGUCUUUCGGAGCUGCUGGCGCUGGCGGUCCAGAGCCAUGCGCGCUUCUGUUUCGUCAGCUCCGUGGCGGCGGUGAGCUCGACGGACGCGUCUCACAUCGCGGAAACGAUCUCCAACGACCCAUUGCACGCAGCGCCCCUGGGAUACGCCAGAUCCAAAUGGGUUGCGGAAAGGAUGUGCGCGGAAGCGAACUGCAUGCUGGCCCAACAACAACAACAACAACAACAACAAUAACAACAAACAUCCAUCAGCAAAGAGCAGCAUCUGCCACCACCACCACCACCACCAGCAGGGCCGAUAGCAUCGGUCAUCCGAAUCGGCCAACUAUGCGGCGACAGCGCCACGGGCGCCUGGAACCGCAGCGAGGCGUAUCCGCUCAUGCUCUCGGCUUCGAGCGCUGUGGGAUGUCUGCCCGACCUGCCGCACGAGGGCACGGGCUGGCUGCCCGUCGACGUUGCAGCGCGGGCCGUCUUGGAGAUUGUGCUGAAAGACCCGCCGGUGCAAGAGAGAGGCUGUCGUCCUUGCGACACGCCCGAAACUCGUGGUGGUGGCGAGGAGGAGGAGGAGAUGAUGAUAGAAGGGAGCAGCGAAUCGUCAACGCCCGUGUACCACGUCGCCAACCCGCACGCUUCCACGCCGUGGCGUGACAUGUUGCGCUGGAUUGCUGGUGACGCGACAGAGGCAGCACCAUCACCAGGCCUGGCCGUGGUCUCGCCCGAGACCUGGCUUGACCGGCUUGAGAGGGACUUGCCCACAGGACACCCAGCGCACGGCUUGGUGGGCUUUUGGAAGCAGGCGUUUGUUGGCAGCGGCAGGGUCCCCCCUGGUGGUCAGAAGCUGCCGCCAACGCUCGAGGUUGGGCGGGCUCGGCAGGCGGCUACAGAGAGCAUGGGCGCUGUGGCUCCCCUGAGCAGGGAGACGACGCUACGGCUGUGGAGCUGGAUUCAUGGAAACGUUGCGGC